AUCCAUAUCUACCCUGAUAGGAAACUUUUAUCCGAACGACGAAGAUGUUCUACUGCAUUCGCUGUUGUUCUAUCUAUUGCAAUCAUUACUUCAAGGAUUAUGAUGUACAUGAUUUUUUGGGGUUGACAAGAUUCAGGCAGCUCAAGCGUCAAAUAGUCAUAUCACCGGCAGCUGCCAUUGCCAUGUUCCCAUAAUCUUUCUGCGGCUUGUUCUUUUUGCCGCGUAUCUAGACUUACCAUCUUUGAUCGCCCGUGUAUGGUUUUUUAUAUUUAACCAAGCAGCUCCGAGUCAAAGCAGGACAUAUUACACCAGUUCCCGUCAUUUUUAGUUCUAACCAAUGAAUCCCCCAAAUCUUCAACGACAAUUCGGAUCAGCACGCCCCUGGGUCCAGCGGGCCAAUUUGCGAACUCGUCCAUGACCGUUGUCGAGCUGAAGGGUCGAACAAAGUACGAAAAGGGAGAACACUAUCUACAAUCAUCGCUGUCAACCCUGCAAGAGCUGGCCGACCUAUUGGAUAACGAUCGCCUCACAGAACCUGAAAAAAUCACCUACAAUCGAGCUUAUACCACUGGCCAGCGUCAAUACGACGAAGCGAAAAAAAUAAGAGACCAACUUUUGACGCAGAAGAAAUCCAUUCGCAAGUUCCUAAUUAACCUUUUCGUCCGCAAGGAUGCCCGGUUUUAUAAAGUCUCAUAUGAGACCUUUGCGAGCAUCAGACGAACUUCAGAAGAUCUAACUAGACGGUUGCUACCAGAUAAGAGUGUUAACCCUGCAUCGGGGAGUCCCGGGGAGGAGCCUGCACGAGGUCAUGUCUCUGUUUGUGAGGAGAAUCCACGGGAAGUGGAAGAAGCAUCGGGGAGUCCCAGGGAGGACCCUGCGCAAAGUCAUGUCUCUGUUUGUGAGGAGAAUCCACGUGAAGUGGUAGAAGUCGCCAAUCUUCCUCCAAACGAAAUCAUUCGAGGCCUGAAUGUGGAGGUACAUAAUGAACAAGAAGAGCAACAGGUCCUUGUGGCCCUGAAUCGAAUAAAGAACUCUAGAGAAGCAGACGAAGAUGAUGAUGAUGAUGAUAGUCAAACCAUCACACCCAAACCCUCACAAAGUAGACCGUCGUCUCCUACUCCCAGCUGCACGAUUGUCUGGAAUAAUUAUUACUUCAACCGAAGUAUAGUGUCAUUUGAUUCAGAAUUGAAAGGAACAGCUUUGAACAAUGGGGUGGAUGGAGGUUCGUCAUGUUCGCUGCCAAUGUCAUCAUGCGAUGUUUAACGACGAUGAAGAUGAUAGACCCCUCGUGUUGGCUUACUGACUCGGAUACCAAUCAGCUACCGUCUCAAUGACAUUGAUUUGUAGGUGGUAGCGUGUUCAUUAUGUCUAGUCGGCAGUGCUGUAUCAGCAAUAUAUCAUUGAUCGAACAUUCGUGGGUCUCUGGAUCCACUCGCAGAGCUAGAAAGUCGUGAUGAGCGCGGUAACCAUAAUUACGCCCGUACCUCCAACCAAUCCGCAAUGUUACUGUCAAACCUCAUUUAUGCAG